GGUGCUUUGUUGAUGUUAACAACCUUGGAAUAUCCACAGUGAAAAAGUUAAAGGCUAUUAGGGAAUGAACCAAAUCUAAGCCAUUAAACAAUCUAGGAAUCCUUUACGAAACUAAACUUCAAUGGAAGCAAGGAAGUUGAUUCACAUUGCUUUAUUUCUAGACUGCUAUAAAAGAGCAGUAAACACUAAAACAGAACAAACAAACUUAACCAAUCUCAUUUUUUGUCAUUUCUAAACCAGCCAAAAGGGCAUAAGAAACUUAAUAGCCACAAUGGCAAACGCCCCGAAUCCAAUGACCACAAAACAAUCAGCUCAUUUACAGUCUCAGCUGCCAAAAUUAUCAUGGGAUGCUGAAAAAAGCAACAUGCUGUUACCUUCUCAUUUAAGCAAGCCACUUCUAUUGGGGGGUUCUGAAAGAGGAGGCAUUUUCUUGACAUCUGAUGAUCAUGCCCUCUCCAAACAGAUUGAGCAGCUGCAUAGCCCUGAUGCUCGUAAUGUUGAUGUCAGACCGCUUUUCCAUCUUGUUGAGGAAAUAAUCCACCGUGCUACCCAAACUAUUGAAGCCCCUGCACUGGGUAAGAGGGAAGGAGAAGGGAGCAGACUUACCCUAAAUGGUCUUCAAGAAGUUCCUGAUUUGCCACUCAUUGUUGAACGGAUAUCAUCUGAGAUGACAUGCAAGUUACUGAGUGGUUUCGAUGCACACAAUACCACCCUCUCGGUGUUGAAUAUGUUGCCACACUUUUCUUGGGAAGCCAAGGUGGUUCUGACAUUAGCAUCAUUUGCUUUAACUUUUGGAGACUUCUGGCUUCUUUCCCAACUUUACUCUACAAAUGCCCUUGCAAAAUCAAUGGCACUUAUUAAGCGAUUACCUACGGUUGUGGAGCAUGCUGGAGCUUACAGGAACCAGUUCGAAGCAACAAAUAAACUUAUAAGGGCCAUGCUUGAUACGACCAGGUGUAUUGUUGAGUUUGGAGAGUUACCCACAAUGUAUAUCACAGAGGAAGAUCCUGAAGUCAAGGCUGCAAUGAGUCAUUUUCCUAUCGCUGUUUAUUGGAUCAUCAGAAGUGCUGUUGCUGCUGCAACCCAAAUUACAACCAUGUCAAGCAAGGGAAUUGAGUAUAUGUCAGCUACCUCCGAAUCAUGGGAGCUCUCCAACUGGGCUCACAAGCUUAAAACUAUCAAUGACCAUCUCAGAGACACCUUAACCAACUUGUAUAGGCUCAUAGAGGACAAGAAGCAGACUAAUGCCUAUAAUUUGAUCAAGAAAGUUAUCUACCACACAAUGCAUAUUGAUAACACAAAAGUCCUAAAGACCCUGAUCUAUGCUGAUGACGAUGUGCCUCCACUAUAUGAUGCUUCUGCCAAGAGAAGGGUCCACCUUGAGGUGUUGAAGAGGAAAAAUGUGUUAUUACUCAUAUCAGGCCUAGAUAUCAGUCAUGACGAACUGUUCAUUCUUGAGCAAAGCUACACUGAGUCUAAGGCUCAUGCAUAUGAGAUUGUAUGGAUCCCAGUGAUUGACCGCUCAGUCCAAUGGACAGAAGCCAUGGAAGUUAAGCUUGAGACCUUGAAAGCCUCAAUGCCUUGGUACUCCGUUCAUCAUCCAUCAAUAAUCGGAAAUGCAGUCUCCAAGUUCCUUAUAGAUGAUUGGCACUAUCGAGGUAAGCCUAUGCUUGUGGUUCUGGACCCUCAGGGAAAAGUUCUGAGCCCAAAUGCAAUCCACAUGAUGUGGAUCUGGCAAAGCCAAGCUUUUCCGUUCACAAGCAUAAGGGAGGAAGAUCUUUGGGAGCAGGAAACAUGGAGACUCGAACUGCUUGUUAGCGGCAUUGAUCAGAAAAUUCUAGACUGGAUCAGAGAAGAAAAGUACAUUUUCUUGUACGGAGGAGACGACCUAGAAUGGAUCAGAAAGUUCACAAAGGAGGCACAUGCAGUAGCAAGAACUCUGCGAAUUCCACUUGAAAUGGUGUAUGUGGGAAGGAGCCAUAACAAGGAGCUGGUGCGUAAAGUUUGUGCAGCUAUAACAGUUGAGCAGCUAAGUCACUGCUGGCAAGACCCAACCUUUGUUUGGUAUUUCUGGACAAGAAUAGAGAGCAUGGUGUUCUCAAAAAUCCAACUAGGGAAAAUCCAUGACCAUGCUGAUAUAAUACUGCAAGAGAUCCAAAGGCUACAUAGCCAUGACAAAUCCCAUGGUGGAUGGGCAAUAUUAGCAAAAGGGUCAACAAUUGUAGUACACGGUCAGGGUAAGCUUGCCUUGACAACUCUUCAAGAAAUGGAGAGUUGGAAGGAACGUGCUAGAAGAGAGGGAUUUGAAGUUGGGUUUGGAACUCAUUACAAAGAGCUACAUAUGAAGGAAUAUCCAUGUCAUAGGAUUGAGUUUCCCUCUAGUGUAAGGAUUCCAAAUAGUAUGCUUUGCCCAGAGUGUCGUCGUCAUAUGCACAGGUACAACUCUUUUCUCUGCUGCCAUGAAGAUUACACUGCUGCAGCUGAGAUUUCACCCGCAGUUGCUGCUGCUGCAACUGCUGCUGCUCAAUAUGAAGCCUAACUCACACUUUAAAUCACUCACGCUGAUUUCAUUUUACUACCAACAUAUAUUAUUAGAAUAAGGACCCAAAAGGAGAGGUAGCGAGGUACCUCAUUUGCAAUCUGGCUUUUGGUAUCUUUUUUUUUUUUUUUUUUUUGAGGGACUGUAUUUUGGUAUCUUGCUGUUGCAAGGAUAUUCAAUCUUCUAGUUUUAUUUUCCUGUAUAACUCCCUCCACCUUAUUCUAUGUCAUUUUACUUUUUUCUUUGA